AUGAAAGAAAAAAGGAAAAAUAUAGUAACACCAACAUCAGACGAUGAAAGUGACUUGGUUGUAAAUCUAGAUGAUAUACCAAAUAUAUCAGACACAUUGCCAUCCGUUAAAAAACCUAAACUUAAAAAACAGAACCAUGUAUCACAAAUCCCUAAUUUAAAAGAUGUUGAUUUUAAAUAUUUAUCAGAAUUAAUACAUAGAGUAAAUAAUAGUGCACCUAAAAAUAUACCACCAUCACUUGCUAGAAAUAUAUCACCAUCGCUUAUGCCCACAAUACCUUUUGACACCAAUGAUUUAAAACAUUUGCAAAAUCUUAAAGCACAGCAAACACGCCGUAAUUUUGAUACUGCCGACCAAGUGCUUCCUCGUGUUGAACCUGAAGUAGUAAAUUCAGGAGACCAAACUAGAAAUUUGAAUAAACCAAGCGCUGACGAUGAGUACUACACGAACUUAGGGAGACAGAUCGCGUCUAUGAUUCGUAAUGCUGACACUAAAUCAGACCAUCCGUUCAAUACAGAAAAACCUCGACAACUCCCCUUUCAUUCCGUUCUCAAUGAAAAUUAUUAUUCCCCUGGAUCGCUCUGGGAAAGAUCGGUAAGAUCCCCACUUCCUCAAAUUUCAGAUGUCAAACCAAACAUUAAUUACCUUGAUGAGUCACGCACUUUAAAACACAGUAAUGAAAAAAGCCUUUUAAAUCUUGAAAAUGAAUUUGCAACUUACGCCAGUACUGUACCUUCGUUAAGUUUACAAGAUCUUGAAAACCUUUUAAAUACCGUAGAAAAGGCAGCACAACUAGAUCAUGCACAAAUGAAAGAUCCACUGAACCCCCGCGGAAGCAUGAAACCUUCAAACGUUAGCCUCAAUGUACAUCUUCUACCCAAAUAUCCGAGAGGCGGCGGAGAUUAUAGAAAAUUUUAUGAUGUAGAUAAUACAGACGUUGGAAACCCAGCGGGCAAGACUCAAUAUUUUUUUCAACUUAAGAAUCCUCUUGAAACCCCAAAAACUUCAAACAUUAGUCAUAAAGUGCAUGUGAUACCCAAGUAUGCUGGAGAUGACCCAACUUAUCGAAGAUUAGUUAGUAACACAGGCAUGUUAAACCCAAUGGAAAAGACAAAAUAUUAUAGUCAACUUAAGAACUCUCUCGGAAAGUCAGAACCGUCAAACGGCAGUUUUAAUGGGCUCAUGAUACCUCAGUAUACCAAAGACUCUUUUAGGAGACUAUAUGGUGGCGAUAAUCCAGACAAUCAGAUCCCAACUCACACACCACAACCAUCUAAUAUUUUCGUCGAAUCAAAAUAUAUUACUGAACAGUAUCAGACACUGUACCCACCGAAAUUUGUUGAAGAGCCGGAUUCAGCAAACACAUCAAAUAAAACCAUGUCUCAAGACAUGGAUACAAAUAAUAUUCUACAAUCCAGAGAUUACUCGAAACAUAACAAUCAUCAUGUACCUAUUCAACUGGAAACAGAAACGGUACCCAAAAGUCCAGUAGCAUCAGGGUAUAUCUUCCAAACCCAGAAGCCUCUGGAGCAUGACUAUCAAGUACAAGCCACACAACAGAUGAGACAGGGCCCUUUUGUAGGAGUAGUAGUCCCUAAUAGCUACGUGAACACACCCCCACCACGCACAGAAUAUUUACAAUUCUUAAACAGUAUGCCGAUAAUAAAACAACCCUCAUCUCAGAAUCGAGAACCAAAAUUAAUGAAUCAAAAUAACUUGAAUUAUUUUUCUCGCAAUAAAUAUCACUACAUGUUCGAAAAACAGGCAUAUCCCAUUCUUGCCCCUUUUAGAAAGCAAAUCAGCAAAAAAUACGGUAAUCCUUCAUACUUUCACCAUCAUCUACACCAUUAUGAAUAUUUUGAUUAA